AUGGCGUCUGUGGUGCGAUCAUGGAUGCAUCAAGGAGGCGAGAUCACAGGCUUUGAUCAAGUUGCCAGGCCGUACCUCCUUCAAUAUGCUGGAGCCAAGGAAUUCAACAGCAGUGAAGAAGUUACUGAUGCCCUCCAAAAUGUCAUUCUACAGCAUGCAGAUAUCCGCACCUUCAUCCAACAUUAUGAAGUGGAUGUUGAUGUUGAUGUUCAGGGAAUUAUCUGCAAAACAGGUUCUCAAACACCAUUAGUGCGAUUUGCGUGCUUGUUGAGCGCCUCAAUUGACCUGAAUCAACCAUAUAAGCUCUCUCCUGAAGAAUCCAAAUCCCUCAAUUGGCUCCCUGUGGUUCAUGCACGGCAGGACAUAGUAAAUAAAUGCAAAUGGACAUGGGAUGACCGCAAAGCCAAGUUAGACCGUGCCAGUAUGGCAUGCCAAACUACCUUUGGCCACCUUGAUGAAGGAGCGCUUUCCAAGCACCAUCAUCAUCUACAGGAGAAGCUGGAACUUUUCCAGGAUUGGACAAUGGAAGCAAAGCAGAAGUAUAACAAAGCUGAGAAUCUAGAAUGGUAUCAGAAUGAGCAACCCAUGAUCAACCUUGAAUGUCAACUGGCAGGGAAGCUGGUGGAUACCAAGGUGAUGGGGGCUCUGGAGCACAAGGGUUGUAUGCCUCCACAGCAUUUAACAGUGAUUGAUGCCACCUUGAGCAUGCCAGGUGCCACCCUUGAAGCGGAGUAUCAGCGUUGA